AUGACCACCUGCAGCCGCCAGUUCACCUCCUCCAGCUCCAUGAAGGGCUCCUGCGGCAUCGGGGGCGGCUCCAGCCGCAUGUCCUCCGUGCUGGCCGGAGGGUCCUGCCGGGCCCCCAGCGCCUACGGGGGCCUGUCGGUCUCCUCCUCCCGCUACUCCUCCGGGGGGGCCUGCGGCCUGGGGGGCGGCUACGGCGGCGGCUUCAGCAGCAGCAGCGGCUUUGGUGGGGCCCUGGGUAGCGGCUUCGGUGGAGGAUAUGGUGGUGGCCUUGGAGGUGGCUUUGGAGGUGGCCUUGGUGCUGGCUUCGGUGGUGGCUUCGGCGCUGGCUUUGGAGGGGGUGAUGGCGGCCUCCUCUCCGGCAAUGAGAAGCUCACCAUGCAGAACCUCAACGACCGGCUGGCCUCCUACCUGGACAAGGUGCGUGCCCUGGAGGAGGCCAACGCCGAACUGGAGGUGAAGAUCCGCGACUGGUACCAGAGGCAGCGGCCCAGUGAGGUCAAGGACUAUAGCCCCUACUUCAAGACCAUCGAGGACCUGAGGAACAAGAUCAUCGCGGCCACCGUCGAGAACGCUCAGCCCAUUCUGCAGAUUGACAAUGCCAGGCUGGCAGCCGAUGACUUUAGGACCAAGUAUGAGCACGAGCUGGCCCUGCGCCAGAGCGUGGAGGCCGACGUCAACGGCCUGCGCAGGGUGCUGGACGAGCUGACCCUGGCCAGGACUGACCUGGAGAUGCAGAUCGAAGGGCUGAAGGAGGAGCUGGCCUUCCUGAAGAAGAACCACGAGGAGGAGAUGCUUGCCCUGCGGGGUCAGACUGGUGGGGACGUCAGUGUGGAGAUGGACGCCGCCCCCGGUGUGGACCUGAGCCGCAUCCUGAACGAGAUGCGCGACCAGUACGAGCAGAUGGCGGAGAAGAACCGCAGAGACGCGGAGGCCUGGUUCCUGAGCAAGACCGAGGAGCUGAACAAGGAAGUGGCCUCAAACAGCGAACUGGUGCAGAGUGGCCGCACGGAGGUGACCGAGCUCCGGAGGGUGCUCCAGGGCCUGGAGAUUGAACUGCAGUCCCAGCUCAGCAUGAAAGCAUCCCUGGAGAACAGCCUGGAGGAGACCAAAGGCCGCUACUGCGUGCAGCUGGCCCAGAUCCAGGACCUGAUCGGCAGCGUGGAGGGGCAGCUGGCCCAGCUGCGCUGCGAGAUGGAACAGCAGAACCAGGAGUACAAGAUCCUGCUGGACGUGAAGACGCGGCUGGAGCAGGAGAUCGCCACCUACCGCCGCCUGCUGGAGGGCGAGGAUGCCCACCUCUCCUCCCAGCAAGCGUCCAGCCAGUCCUUUUCUUCCCACAACGUCUUCUCCUCCUCCUCGUCCCCCUCUGGCCACCAGACCUGGCCCAUCCUCAAGGAGCAGGGCUCGUCCAGCUUCAGCCAGGGCCAGAACUCCAAGCACUGA